GUCGUUGUCACGGAGUAGGAAUCCUCGUGUGGUCCGGGCUGGCUGCUGAUGUUUUAACAUGUCUUUAUCGCUAUGUUUCUAAGUCUCCUUUUGGGGGUGGUGCAUUUAAACUGUUCUCAUCUGAUGCAAUUUGGACUUCAAAGAAAAGAGACUUUUUGAGGCCGUGAGCAUUAGCAAAAUCUUGGAUCUAUUCGUUGUACAACGAGUAGAGAAUUUAAGAUUUGAACAUGUCUGAUACUAUGAUCCAUGUUUCCCCCUCUGUUGAUACCCCACAGGGAAUUAUUCCCACAAAGAAGCAGAAGAGCAACAGGAGGAAGAAGAAGCAGUUUUUAAAAAAAAUGAAAUACCUGAAGGGGAAAGGGUGUUUAAAAGAUAACUCUCAUCAAAGGAGAAACCAUGAACACAAUAAGGCUUCAAAACAGAAUGGACCUUUCACCAGACCUGCAUCAUCUUCCAUGACAACAAAACGCCAAAGUUCACCUCAAUCUAACCCGUCUUCCAGUGGCGUUGACACUAGCAUUGACCAUAGCUCUGGGCCUUCAACCUCCUCUUUUAACCCUCUAUCAGCUACUUUCACUGUGACAAAUGAAAAUAGCCAUACAAAGCCAAACCAACCGGUCAACACCAAAACAACAGCAACGUUGUCCUGCGCCUCAAAAUCCAGCGCUCAUAAGCUCUCUACCCCCGCAGGGAACCCCACAAAGUACCUCGCCAUUGACUGUGAGAUGGUGGGCGCAGGACCCAAAGGCAGCAUCAGUCAGCUGGCUCGCUGUAGCAUUGUCUCUUACGAUGGGGAUGUGAUCUACGACAAGUUCAUCAAGCCCUCCAUGUACGUAACAGACUUCCGCACAAGAUGGAGCGGUAUUCGUCCCAGAGAUCUCUUCAAAGCCAUACCAUUUGCACAGGCCAGGAAGGAGAUCCUAAGACUGCUCAUGGGGAAGAUUGUUAUCGGCCACGCCGUACAUAACGACUUCAAGGCCCUCAGUUACACGCAUCCUGCUGCCUUGACGAGGGACACGUCGAAAAUCCCUCUUCUCAACCUGAAGGCUGGUUUUGGGGAGAAAGAAUGCGCCUCACUGAAGAGACUCACCAAAGCCAUCUUCAACCGUGAUAUCCAGACUGGAAGAAAGGGCCACUCUUCUGUGGAAGAUGCUAAAGCUACCAUGGAGCUUUACAAGGUGGUAGAAGAGGAAUGGGAGAGGACUCUCGCCUCCACAUCUUGACCCACGUACUUCUAUAUUUGAAAGUGCAAAAUAAACUCAGCUCAAUCACCUUUAAAUUUAAAAAUGUUUUACAGUGAAAUUCAAGUCAUCAAUGAAAAAAAAAUAAGGUACAGUUCUUGUUAGCUUUAUUGGUUAAAGCUGUUGUGUAACUAAAAGAUAAAACAUGUUUAGUAGUGGCAUUUUUACAAGUGUUAAAACAUUUGUAGCUAUUUUGUGCACACAGGCCCAGUGUUAGAUAUUAGUUAGUUAAUUAGAUAUUUUUGUAAUAUAUUUUUUCACACAUGUAUUAAUCAUGUGCAUGUUUAAAUGUUCAUGAACUACCUGGAAGAGUAGUUUAAAAUAUAGUUCUACAGCAAAGGAGUAGCCACAAUUUUUACAUUCUUAUCACAGAACUUUUCAUGGAUGUGAGCAGACACCGACUUACUGUGAGUAGCUGUAACAUUCUUUCUCAGGGUGAAACUGAGUUUAAAUGGUUUUCCUUCCACUUUUAGGUCAGAAAUAUCCUUUUCAUCACAUUUUGUGAUGAAAAGGAUCACAUCAACUCCAUAUGUAUGGUCCUAAAAACAAAGAAGAUUGAUGCCAUGUUCUAUAAUUCAGAAGUUUGAAAGCAUAUUGGUGCUACUGUCAUACUCCACUGGUGGUUUGAAACUUUGGAAUUUUGUCUAAGAAGUUUAAACAUUUUGGUUUUCUGGGACAACACCACAUAGUCGAGGCAUGUUAAGAGUACAGAAGUUGUCCUGCAUACAACUCCUUUACUGUUGCUGUGAGCCUCUGGUUAGCCUCCUUUUUUCUUCAUGGCUGCUCCCCAGUUGUUGGGGCAAUAAACAAUUCUCUGACAUCACUGUUGUGCCCCAUUGUGCUCGAGUAUAACUGCCUUCACUGUAUUUCAUUUUAUAUCUGUUGACUUUUAAUUUGCCUUUUAUCUUUUUUAUCCUACAUCUUUUUUUAUUUCCUGAUUAAUAUCGAUUUAAAGUCGGAAGAAUCAUCUCAUACAAUGGCGAUAUGUAUUAACAGCUGUGAAAUAGAGUUAAAACAGAAUCGAAAGAACAGACUUACCUCUGUUCUCACUAUUCAAUGAUGAUUCAACAUUAGACUAACUUUUAAAGAGCUGAACUUUAACAUGGUAAUCCAAAAUUGUUUUUUUCAUCUUUAUGUUUUGUAAUAGCUUAUGUUGCACAGGUUGUUGCUUUUAAGGCAGAUGUAUCUCAAUUGUUACAUUGUCUUUUACCAUUUCCCAAAAAUAAUUCACCUACUUUUGCUUGUAAAUAAUGUUAUGGAAAAGAAAUAUAAUAGUUUUCUUUGUUAUAUUGUUUAUUUGUUUUGUUCUCUUUUUAAGGGCAAAUGGAAUCACUGGUUUGAUUUUAUGACCUCAGGGAGUGCUUUUAAAACAAAUAAAGGUUUGUCUUUGUGGUGGGAUAAACUUCCUUGAAUAAUAUUUAUGCAGAACUGUUCUUGUCUUUCCAUUCGAGGUUUGAAUGGAAAGAUAAAUACUUUUGUUAAUAAAAUUC